CAGGCAGAGCGGAAGGCUGCACUGUCACUGUAUGAGGAUUGCACUCUGUGCUGAAGACACACUCUCUCUCUGUCGGAUCUGUACUCACCACCGCAACUAUGUGUAAAGGUCUCGCGGCUUUGCCCGCAACCUGCUUGAAAAGUGCCAAGGACAUAAAACAUCGCAUUGGGUUCCUUCUUCAAAAACCGGACCCUCCACCUGACCAGAAAGCACUGAAGGAAAAGGCACCAGAGGUGAAACGUGUCGAAUCUGUUGAUGUUGAGAAAUGGAAGUCAUCCUUCAACAAUGUGAUCAAUAAUGAAGCGGGCCAGGCGGCUUUCACAGCCUUUCUGAAGUCUGAAUUCAGCGAGGAGAACAUUCAGUUCUGGAGCGCCUGUGAAGACUACAAGAAAACCUCCGCAGACAAAAGGCCUGUAAAAGCCUCACAGAUAUUUAAUCAAUAUGUGGAGAUGGACUCCCCAAAUGAGGUCAAUUUGGACUCAGCAACUCGAGAGGAGACCAGAAGAAACUUGUUGAGUGCUGAUGUCACCUGUUUUGAUGAGGCCCAGAGUAAAAUUAUACACCUGAUGGAGAAAGACUCAUACCGGCGCUUUCUGAAGUCAAAACUGUUCCUGGAACUGUCCCAGAGCCCUGUUGGCAGCACACGCUGUGGCCUGGACAGAGGUGUGAAGAGAAACCUGUCUAACAGUAGCCAUCUCCUGCCUUUCUGUGCUUAGUCCUCAGAACUAAUAGCUUGACUGAUUGGUUAUUUCCCGUCUUAGACAGCUACGCGCCCAGAACAUAGAGUAUUGAUGUUGUGUGCACAGUAUGUUACUGAUAGUGGAGGUCACAUUUCUUUCAUCGAAACUGAAAGUGAACUAAAAGGGGAGUAAAAUUAAUAGUGUACUGUGGAAUAGGGAUUAAAUCCUCGGUGAAGUGAGGAUUCAAACAAGUGACUUAGCUGCAAAAUGUCACCCAUCCUUAGUCUAAUCUGUAUCUGAAGGUUUAUAUGCUGAAUCCGACUUCUUUAUCAAUUACGAGUUAAUGAAUUCUGGUCUUUGUCCCCUGACAGGAUCCUUUAACAUGGCCAUGAGAGUUGUGCAAAUAGCUGUAGAUAACGUCUUAUCAAACUUCCACAAAACAUGAUUAAAAUAUAUUUUAAAGUCUUUAAGCCAUUGACUUUUAACUACCUCACUGAUUUAAAUUUUCUAAACAGAGAUUUGGAAGAGUCAGUUAAAACAUUUAGUUUCCAAUUUCCCUGCAUGCACAGAGGUAGCAACUAAAUAACUUGACAAAGUUGUGGUUUACAAGAGAAUUACCGUUACAUAUAUUCACUAACAUUAAAAAAAAAAUGCCUGUACUGAAUUUGUUAGUGAAUGUAUUAGACAGAAAAUUAUAUGGUAAAUUAGCCUACUGUGAAUCUUGAUUUUAUGAUGUCUUCGCAUUCUGAUAUCAAUUGUUGUAUUGAUGUCAGCUACCUAUGAUGCCAUGCCUUUGUAGCUAAGUUAUUGAGAAAAAGACAUAUCUGAGUGCUGAUAUAUAUGUGAAAAAAUUUGCAUUUCUGUGGACAUGCGUGCCAAAUCAUGUAAUGAAGUAAUGAUGCAAAAUUUAGUGAUUUCAGUUGUGUCACCUAGGCUAUAUAAAUUCAUUGAUGUUAUCAUAUUGAAAUUUGUUGAGGGCAAGUCUGAGAUCUCAAACACAUUUGAUUAAUGAAUGUUACAUCUUAAAUAAAAAAUAUCUCUGCCUCAAGUUAAUAAAUGAAUAGUAAAUUAUAUGUAUUGUGUUAUAUAUUAUGUGUGUUUAACCAAUAUGUGUUCACUUACAUUUCUUGUUGUAUUUUUAAAAAAAAUAAAAUUCCAUGUUGGUAUAGUUUGCAAUUUUGUACUGUACAUACAUUUACAAGAAAAAUCCUCCGGACAUUUUCUGAUCACACUGAAUUAAAUUCCAGGUGCGUCAA